AUGUAUCAAGAUCCGGGGCCACUGAAAUGCCGCAGUCGUAAUGACGAGUUUCAAAAACGACGCCGGAUAGUGGUGGAUGAUCGUAUCGUCGACAUUGUCAAGAGAGUUGGAUUAGAGGGGCUGUAUAGGACCCCAUGUAGAGAGAUUGAUCAUAACUUGAUAACGGCCUUCGUUGAGCGAUGGCGGCCUGAAACCCACACCUUCCACCUGCCACAUGGUGAGACAACGAUCACAUUACAAGAUGUGGAAGUUCUUUUGGGGAUUCCAAUCGAUGGUGAGGCAAUUGUUGGAACAACUGACUUGACAUGGGCUGCUGAAUGUCAAAGUAUGCUUGGAAUUGCUACUAAUGGUACUCUGCUUAAAGGACAAAGGAUCCAAAUUAAGAAGCUACUAGAAAAAAUUGACGAAGGGUUGCCCAAUGGUGUAGCAAAGGUGGUUGUGCAUCAAUAUGAACGGUAUUAUAUUCUAGCACUCCUGGCAAACACAAUUUUCGCCGACAAGUUUGGUGAUAGGGUGCAUACGAUGUGGUUGCAGAUGUUGAGGGACCUUCGCAAUCCACCUCAGUACAGUUGGGAGAGCACUUGCCUUGCAUGGUUGUACAGAGAGUUAUGCAGGGCAACCGACAGAGGUGCCAGUUAG